CUCUUCACCAGGCCUGAGACUGGAGGUCCGAGAGCUGGUGCCCUGGCCUUCUCCCCCAGGGAAGAGGAGUCAGCCGAGCCGACCACAUGGAGGACAGGCCUCAAUCUGCACUCUUGCUGACCGUCCUGUUCCUGCUGACCCACGCCAGCGAUGACCAGCACUCUCUGCACACGCAUCAGAUCAGCACAGCUCAGUGUGGAGAAUACAGUAAUCAGGUGCUGGAGGACGGCAUGUGCAGGCUGAUGGCCACUCUGCCGCAGCUGGAUGAGCAGCGCUGCCCUGAUAUGUUUCGCUGCACGGAUGAGGUGUCAUACUGGCUUCAUGAGAACGAAGAGCGCAAACAGCAGAUCCUAGCACUCAAGGAGACCGUUUCUGAACUGCAGGAGGAGCUACGCAACCAUCGCCAUCGGGUCAAAGUCUUGGAGCUGCAGAGUGAAGAGAAGAACCGUAACAGUUCAUCUAUUGAGCAGAGAUUGCAUGAGCUGGAAGAUCAUUACGCUGAGGCUUCGACCCUCUUGCACAUCCAGGGCUCCUUGAUCUAUGACCUCCAGGCCCAGAUUCAAAACCUAUCCAUACUGGUGGAGAAAGUCAGACGUAACCCUGGCUGUAUGAUCAACAUCGUGCGCACCAGCCCACUCAUCAAUGCACAGGAGGCCCUGCAUCCUGAGGUGCAGAAUGUGAGGAACUGCCCCAUCGACUGUGCCUCCAUCUACUAUAAUGGAGUGCGUCGCUCCGGCAUCUACACCGUGGUGCCCUCACUAGGGGCCAUGCCUGUGGAAGUCUACUGUGAUAUGGACACAGAUGGCGGCGGCUGGACAGUGAUCCAGCGAAGGCAAGACGGCUCUGUGAACUUUGACCGCAGCUGGAAGGAGUAUAAAGAGGGAUUUGGAGACCUGCACACCGAAUACUGGCUGGGAAAUGAGCACAUCCACGAUCUGACCAGUCAAGGAGAUUACAUGCUGCGCAUCGACCUGGAGGACUGGAGCAACAAACACAAACACGCUCUCUAUCAGAGUUUCAGUGUGGAGGACGAGAACACUCAGUACCGUCUGCAUGUGUCGGGCUUCAGCGGGACGGUGGAGGACUCCUUCAGCUGGUAUCAUGACAAACAGGGCUUCAGCACACCCGACACAGGCAACAUCUGUGCCGAGAUCUCCCACGCCGGCUGGUGGUACAACCAGUGCUUCUACACCAACCUCAACGGCAUCUACUACAAGGGCGGCCGCUACUCUCUGAAGGGGAAGAACUCCCUGGGGCCAGACGGGGUCGUGUGGUUCACCUGGAAGGACUCGGAUUAUUACUCUCUGAGGAGAGUCAGCAUGAUGAUCCGACCCAAAAGCUUCCGUCAGCAUCUGUCACCAUGAAUCAGCCAGUGAGCUCAGG